AUGCAAAGGGGCGAUUCCUCCAUCUAUUGUUCCACAAACUCAGAAGUAAUCAAUAUCUGCACUAAAUUAUUGCAUUUAAAAAGUGAUAAUAAGACUGAAUAUUCUCGUUUGAUUGAACUGGCCAUAUUACAAUUCAAAUGGAACGUUGCUUCAUCAUCAGAAAUCUCCUCAUUUUCAGCGUUAUUGAUUGAUAUUAUUACUAACAAUACAAUCAGUUUGCAUUAUGUUGUAAAGUUUUUGGUAAAAAGCGCUAAGCCUAAAAUUGGAGAAUUUAGUGACAUAUUCAUUCUGAAUACAAGAUUUGAGAAUAUGCAACAAUAUAGUAGUUAUAUAUCAAAUUUAUUGAAUAAGUAUCCAAAUAAGACGAGUAUUACUGGGAAUGAAUUCCAUAUUGUAUCCGAGUUGGCUAAAAAUCACCCUUCAUUACGUUAUACUUUCAACAAAAUAAUUGGAAUAUACUCUAACACUACAAACACUAGUUUAAAAUCAUUUAUUGUUGCAUUAGAUGACGGAACUUCUAUAGAUUUAAACUAUGCUCAAUGCCUCUCAAAUAUUACAUUAUCAUCUGAUAUAUGGAGAAGUAAGCUUUGUGAUAUAAUAGUGGAUAUCUAUAGAACUUUUCCAAAUUCUCAUGAUAUAAUACUGAAUUCUCUCGAUGAAAACUUUCCUCACCAUUCUUUCCCUUUAGAAUCACAUGUAUCAUACUUGAAAAUAUUUAUUUCAUUAUCACAUCUACUCAACGAUUCUCGUCUGAAACUAUAUCGCAUUGUAAUUAGCGAACUUAUACGAAUGGAUUCUGAAACUCAAAAUUUACAAAUUAGUCCAACAGAUAAAGGCGUUCCACUAAAGUUGGAUGUUCUUAUGACGCUUCUACUUCAGGAUCUUGAUUUUAUACUAAAAGACCCAGAUUUCGACUCAAAUGCUUUCGUAUCAGAAAUUUUUCAAAUAUUAAAGCAUAACAUACAUACUCUUUCAACUAGUCAAAGUGUACAAUUUAUUUUCAUCUAUAUUUCAUCUUUGAAACCCUACUACACUGAAAUUUUAUUACAAAAUUUAUUUUCAAUACUUUAUGAUGAAGCUCAGUUAUUAGAUUGUAGAAUCGCAGCAACUGGUUAUAUCGCAUCAUUAAUUUGCAGACAACAAUUAUUAUGUGAUACAUUUAUCAUUUUUACAUUUGAGUACCUUUUAAAAUUUCUUGGGAAAUGGUCUAAAAGGGCGAAAGAUAAUAAACAUAUUCCUUCAAAUCUUAUAAAAUCAGUUUUUGAGGCAUGUAUUAGGAUAAUAUAUUUUCAUGCUGAUCCAGUAUUAACAAAUAUUAGAAAAUAUGAGAUUCUGAGAUUGUUCAGCUCAAUUAUAUAUGGAUCAUUGGGCACAUUAUUAAAUUGCAACAUAGAUUUACUUGAAAAGGCUAAAUUAUCAAUCAUGAGAAUAAAUGGUCCAAAUAAAAUGCUUAGGUUGUUAAAAUAUCUAGGUGAUCGCACAGAAAAAGGUUCUAAUUUACAAUUAUUACAUCUACCAUUUGAUUCAUGCAAUCUCGUCUAUACUAAAUAUUAUUUAAUGUUAAAUUCGGACCCAGAUCUUGCUAACACUUUAUCAGGUAAAUAUAUAUCAGACUUUCAUAUUUACCAAGAUUUAGUUGUUGGAAAUAUUGAGUAUGACUGGGAAUCUAGAUCAAGUGAUGUGCCUAAAAAACGAUUUUCAAAAUAUGGUUCAUCCAUUUCCAAAGAUGUGGAUGGGUUAGGAGAUUUUCAAUUACUCAGAGCGGGAUUAACAACAAGUAUUUUUAAACCACAAAGCAAAUCACAACUAGAUUAUUUACUCUUAUCUGAUGCAUAUAAAUACUCUAAAACCUUGUAUAAUUGA